GAUAGGAAAUAAUGAAAUAAUAAACAUUGCUUGUUUAUAAAAGAUCAUAACUCGGCUGCUAUAAGUGCACGUAGAGAAGAGUGAAACCACAGCUUAGGAUUGAUUUGCUGCCAAUCUUGUAUAGCUGAUACUGCUUAUUACUGAGAAGACAUUUCAAUACAUUUAUCAUUCUGUUUGCUUGUUUUAUCAGAUACAUUAUCUUGUCGAUUAAGCCUGGAUUUUAAACAUUGACGUCACGGCAUUUCCGUUUUAAUCUGGCUCCCAAUUUUAGUAAUAUCCUUUUGCUUUUGAACUGUAAAGGAGUAAAAUGUUUGCGAAUAAUUUUGGUAUGCGCAUUCUUGAGUCAAGAUUGAUUGCCGUGAUUCAUUCUAUAGGUCAUAAGAUGCAAAGGUUUUCUAUCGCAUGUUACAGUGUUAAUCCAAUUGGACAAGUUGCAAGUUCUAUGAGCAACAUAGCAGUUCAACCUUGAAUCAGGAUUGCCUUGAACGAAUGCAGAUCGUAUGUGUCGUUUCCAUAUACAAUUAUGCACCGUCCCCGUGUGAUGCCAUUCAUCCCGAAUGCGUCUGGAGUGCGGGUACCAGCUAGGGAUGGUUAUGACUCUUCCAGCUACGGCACGCCAACUGCGCUCCAGCAACGAAAGGCCCGCGGGGGCGCCGCUAACCUGGUGUAAGACCAGCACAACUCGGGCCGACGCCAGUGCUAGUGCUAGGGCGGCGCCACGGUCGCAGGUUCGGCGCUCGUGGCACGUCGGCUACGGAGCCCUACACGAGGUGGAGGAAGUGGCCGGAGCACUUAACGGAGCCAGUCGCCGCAUUGAAGAUUGUGCAAAAGGAAAAGUGGCUGAGCACGACAAUUUGUUAGAGCCGCUUCCAAAACGCGCGGCUACAGUCGUCUGUUCACCGCCACCCGCCAUCAAUGAGCCGGUGCCGACACAUUUGCCCGAGCCUAUUUCUACGGGCGGGAUGCUCGCCCGAUUUCGCAAGGGACGUCGUGGUAGCAGCGCUGAAGAAAGCGACCAGCUGGUUUCCAAAAAGAACGCACAAUCACCCACUAUUUUGAAGCCUACCGGUAGCUUUGCAAACUUGAGAAAAUGCGAAACUGUGUUGGCACUUACUACUAUUUUGAGGUCUGCCUCCAGCUCGUCUUCUAUAGAGCCAAUUCAGGCUCAAAACCGACUUCGGAAAGCUCCAGAGAGUCGAAUUUGCUCACGCUGCUCCAGCCUAUUAUCACUCACGUCAGGCUCGCGCUACUCGCUAGACUCAUCGGGAGGAUUUUUUCGGGUCCCUUUAACGCCCGAAAACUUGCCCCCUAUUCUCUGUAAACUCUGUCUCGACGAGGUACCUGCCGCAUUUGUGGUGCGAAUUAUUCAGUGUGAAUGUGCGUUUUGUUUAAAGUGUAUGAAGGCAUAUGUGGAAUUUGAAAUUUCGCAAGGGGCAUACGACAUUUCGUGUCCGGACGCACAAUGCUCAUCUCAGGGAGUUUUGCAACAAGAUGAGAUUCGAAGACUGGGUGGAAACGAACUGUUGGAGAAACACCAAAAGUAUAGACUUAAUAGAGAAGUAGAAUUGGACAAAAACCGUACGUGGUGUCCGCGAGCAGGUUGCGAGACCGUGUGCCGAUUGUGUCCUGCACAGCCCUGUUCCCCCCAAUGUGUCUUAUGUCCCACUUGUUCGACUGAUUUCUGCAGCAACUGCAAGCUGGAAUGGCAUGAAGGAGCGUCCUGUGAGGAGCACGGAAAACGUUUAGCGAAGGAAGGAAAAUCAGUACCUGACGUUGGCAUUCCUUUUGACUCCGAUCUGAUCAAAUGCUGUCCAAUGUGUGGGGUGCCCAUCGAGAAGGACGAAGGCUGUGCCCAAAUGAUGUGCAAGCGCUGCAAGCAUGUUUUUUGUUGGUAUUGCCUGGCUAGUUUAGAUGACGAUUUUUUGCUUCGCCAUUACGAUAAGGGCCCUUGUAAGAACAAAUUGGGACACUCGCGCGCUUCUGUGAUCUGGCAUCGGACGCAGGUGAUUGGCAUAUUUGCUGGAUUCGGAAUUCUUCUGUUGGUGGCCUCCCCGCUGUUGCUGUUGGCUGCGCCUUGCAUCGUAUGCUGCAAGUGCCGUAUUUGCAAUGCCGGUACGACAGGCAGCACCAAACUGAACUCUGACGAAGAUACACAGGACGAUACGUGAUUAAUGACCUGUAUUAGUGAGUUACAUUUUCUGGUUGUGACUGUUCAUUGUGUACGAAAUGCGAUACUGUUUGUGUUUGAUAGGCGAAUAGAAGAUUUAUAAUCGCCCUGUAUGCCCGCUAGUUCAAGGGACCGACAAUUUCAACCGUAUUUCGGUGUUAAGUAAUUAACUCGGAUAACCGAAAUUGAUGGCGACAAUACGUUGAAAGUAAGCGUUUGGUCAUUAACUUUAAAUUUUGUGACUUCCUAAUUUGUGACAUUAAUUUCGGCCUUUAAGUUGAAUAUUUUAGUACUAAUUUUUAAGGGUCAUUAGUCCACUCUAUAUUUGCUGCCCUUAGUCCACUCUAUAUUUGCUGUUAAAUUACGUGCAUCGUCGGCAGUAUGUUUAACGUGCGAUGGACAGCAAUAAUUUGCGUUUGUGCCUUAAAUAUUUUAAGUUUCGUUGCUAAUGCUUGUGUUGAUCAUGCUAAAUUCAGCCCGCAAUGGUUCAAUCGCCAGCCAAUCUUUUCAGGCAGAAUUGCGUUGUUUUCGUUGAUACUUAGGUUAAGAAAUUCACUAACUCAUAUUGUUUUUAUGUGUUGUAUUUAAAAUUGCGUUUAAUCAUUGGAGUGAUUAGGCAAACAAGCUAGUCAGACUUACAAUAUAUUUUUCGUGACAUUUUUAGUGGCAUCGGACAGGCGUUCUAACUUUAUGUACUGAUACAUCUAUUUUUACAAUAUGUUAAUUAGGAAUCAAGUUGCUCUAUCGAAGACGUUGAAUUAGUAAACGUAAGGUACUGAGUUUAUGCAUGGACGGGACCUGUGAUAGAACUGUGAUGAGAUAAUACCGUCUGUCUCUUAAACUCAUACAUGUAACCCUAUGGAGGAUACUGUUAUAUAUUAAUAAUAUGCGGACAGUUUUUGAGCUUCAAACGAUUUGCUGAAAUAAAUACAUCCUUCAUACUAAGAUGUAUGAUAAUUUUAAUACUAAAGGAUUCAUUGUGUAGACAAUUAACCACUGUUUUUAAAUACAGCAAAA